GUGCGCACACUAACACGAGUUUGGUCUCCUAGUCCUUUCUCUUUCUCCCCUCCCCUCCCCUUCCCUUCCCUUCCUCGCCUUACCCAGUUCCAACCGUCAACCAAGUCAGUUUAAUCCCAUAAAACACUCCUCCAAUUGGUCCUUCCUAAGCCAAAAUUCCCCCACUAACUUUUUUAUAUACAAAUUCAUUCUCCUUCUCCCCAUUUCUAUGUGCAAAUCCAAAAUGGCAACCAACGCCUCCGAUCCCACCCCAACUCGCCCCAGUCUCUCCCACCAACCUCGCCGAACUCAUUCCAAUCAAUCACCUCGUAUUCCUCAGCAAAACUUCUCCUAUCCCUCUACUUCCACCAGCGCCGAAUACGCUGCCCCCUCGUCCUCCUCAUCACAAAACAAAGCUUCUUCUUCCGGUACUUCCAUUGCAAGUCGAACUUCUUUAACCAGUCUCCGGGAAUCCAUAUCCGAAAGCCCUCACAUCUACAGCUUUUCCGAGAUUCGGGCAGCUACCAACAACUUCCUCUUGAAGAAGCACUCUGCGUCUAACUCCAAUUGUUGGCGCUGCAACUUGCGAAACCGUGACGUCAUCAUUUUCCAACGCAAGUUCCGCCGGAAACUCCAGAUGCAACAUUUGAAAGAGAGAUUAUCCGUGAUUUGUCGGAGCCACCACAACAGCAUCAUCAAGCUACUUGGCGCUUCCAUAUCUGAUGAUUAUGUUUAUCUGGUUUAUGAAUUCAUCAACGGUGGAAAUUUAUCUGAUUGUUUAAGAAAUUCAAAGAAUCCGGAUUUUACUGUAUUGUCCACGUGGAUGUCGAGAAUGCAGAUCGCCACAGAUCUCGCACAUGGCCUCGAUUACAUUCAUAAUAACACCGGCUUGAACUUGACUCUCGUUCAUAAUCAUAUUAAGAGUAGUAGCAUUAUAGUGACGGAACCGUCGUUUAACGCUAAGAUUUGCCAUUUCGGCACGGCGCAGAUGUGCGGAGAAUCGGAGGAGGAGUCUGAAAGAAGGGAUAAAGGAUCGAAAAAAGUUACCGAAAUAUCGGAAAUAACAGAUGAAGAGCCAGUUGCAUUAUUAAAGAGAUCGAGUAGUAGGAAGAUGCAAUUCGAAGGAGUGAGAGGUUACAUGUCGCCGGAAUUUCGCGAGACUGGGAUUCCGACCCAGAAAUCGGACGUAUACGGUUUAGGCGUGGUUAUAUUAGAGCUUUUGUCUGGUGAAGAGCCAUUAAAAUACAAAUAUGACAAAACACGUGGCGAAUUCACGAGGACUUCGGUGAUUGAGAGCGCUAGAUUGGCGAUGGAUGGUGGUGGUGAUGAUGGCGGUGAAAGGGGAGGGAGAUUAAGAUGGUGGAUGGAUAGAAGGCUGAAAGAUUCUUUCCCGAUUGAUGUGGCGGAGAAGUUGAUACGUGUCGCAUUAGAGUGCGUUGAUGUCGAUCCUGAUAAACGGCCAGAUAUGGGACGCGUGUCACGGAAGGUUUCAAAGUUGUAUUUGGAGUCUCAGGCUUGGACGGGGAACUUUAAACCUCCUACGGGUAUAUCGUAUUCUCUGGGGCCUAGAUAGACGUCAAGGUAAAUUUUUGUAGUUAGCUGGAUUUGAUUGCGAUGUAAGUAAAGGAUAUUGUAUGAUUUAUUUGAUUAAAUUAUUAUAGAAUAAUAAUAAUAAUUAGAAAUUUCUUUGCAUA